AUGCUAAAGCAGGACAGACCAGGGAUAAGGGCAAGGCAUCAGCAGCAAGGACAGUUCAAGAGAAGACCACCGCAGGAUCAGAGGAGGCAGCAGCAACACAAAUUUCAGGGGACAUGCCACAACUGUCAGAAAUUUGGACACAGAGCAGCAGAGUGCCGUAGCGCACCAAGAGGAGGCCAGCAGCAAGGUCGAGGACACGGUCAGCAGCAGAAUCAUGGUCAGGGCCAGCAGCAGCAGCAGGGCCGCGCCUACGGUCAGCAGCAGCGGAGGAUCGAGGCACCACCUGUCAUUCCGAGGAUUGAGGGGCCAACAGGCCAAAUACGUGCUAUCCAGGAGAUUCCUGAGGCACAGAUGGCCCCGUAUGCUCCACCACCACCAGUUCAACAGUUACCAGCCACCGGCAGGGUUUAUGCGGUCAUACCACAUGAUCAGGGUGCGAGCGGAGCCAUAGUGGAAGGCGGCUCAGAGCAUCGGAGAGUCGCAGGGUGACGGAGUUC